AGAUUUUCGUUUUCGUUGCGAUUCAGUUAACAUUUGGCCAGCGGAUUCCGCCUACAACGGACACGACGACGGACGACGCGCUUUACGCUUUCCACUUUCCACAAUCCAAGACGCUGCUGGCCAUCUGUACCGUUAUCCUUAUAGGAAGUGCUAUCGAUAUCGGUUCGCGUUAUCUAUUGGUGAAAAAACUCUUAUUAACUCCAAAAGCAAAUUGCAAGUGAAUCCAAAAGAAAAAAUAUAAUAAAUAAACAGUUCCUGAGCAAAAUAGUCAAACCAAAUAAUACAAAAACAAGUGUUGCGUCCUCUAAUUAAUUAAGCAAAUCGCAUAUCUCCAGUGCAAGCUCCUGAUCGCCCGUAAAAAUGCAUACCAGCACUAGCACGGAUCCCAUGCAUACGCUGCACGACAGUGUUUCGCUAUCACCGCCGCCUCUGCACAAGAGCCAACGCGGCUCUACCGGAUGCAGUGCAUCCUCGCGUGCCGCCGCCGCCGCCAUCGAUGCCAUGUCCAUGGGCUGCGAUGACAGUGACAUUGAACCGUCAGUUGUUGGCGGAAAUAGUUCCAGCGGCGCCACUGGCGGAGAUGGUUCCGGUUCCGUCGGUGGUCCGCUAGUGAAGCCACCUUACUCCUACAUAGCCCUCAUCACCAUGGCAAUUUUACAGUCGCCACACAAGAAGCUCACGCUAAGCGGGAUCUGUGACUUUAUCAUGUCGCGCUUUCCGUACUACAAGGACAAGUUCCCCGCCUGGCAGAACUCAAUUCGGCACAAUCUCAGUCUAAACGACUGCUUCAUUAAGGUGCCCCGUGAGCCAGGAAAUCCAGGCAAGGGAAAUUUCUGGACACUGGAUCCGCUGGCCGAGGAUAUGUUCGACAACGGCAGUUUCCUGCGGCGCCGCAAGCGGUACAAGCGAGCUCCCACAAUGCAGCGCUUCUCCUUUCCGGCGGUCUUCGGCACCCUAUCCCCGUUCUGGAUUCGUAAACCGGUGCCCCUUGUUCCGGUGCACUUCAAUGUACCCAACUUCAAUGGCAGCCGAGACUUUGAUGUGGGCCACAAUCCGGCGGAUGUCUUCGAUUCAGCUCUGCGGGCGGACAAGAAGUUCAACUUUUUUGCCAACGCAGAGGCUUCGUUUUACCAGGGCAGCCAGUCCGGCGACAAAUUUGACCGGCUGCCAUUUAUAAAUCGCGGAAGAGGAGUGGACGCCCUAGAUGUAUUGCCACAUAGUAGCUCAGCAGGCGGAGGAGGAGGUGGUCCAUCUGAGAGCAGCAGAGCUGCCAAGUACAAAAGUCCUUAUGCCUUUGAUAUGGCGACUGUGGCCAGUGCAGCAGGCAUUCCCAGCCACGGGGAUUACCCGGAGAGAAUGUCGCGGGGCGGCUAUAUGGAUCUCAAUAUGUAUACCGAAGAUGCGGAUACGGAGGCGGAUGUGGAUGCUGAGGCUGAAGGCGAGGCGGAUGACGACUCCUGCGAGGACAAAAUCGACGUGGAGAGCGGCAAUGAGCAGGAGGACUCACACAUCUCGGACUCCGUGGACAGUGUCUGUACGAAUCGCUUGGAUGCGCCGCCAGAAGCCCUCAUCUUCGCGGAUGCUGAGGCUGCCAGCCGCAGUCCCAGGACACGAGGGCACUUUGACAGUGAGCCAUUGGUGAGCCUGCGAACCAGCAAGCAGACCAGCGCCAAGGAUUUCCGCAUCGAGACGCUCAUUGGCCACCAUCUGCGGCACGGUGGCAGCCAGGAGGAGGCUAGCGACUAGGCGGGAUCAGUCGAAGCCUGUCCUGUGUACAGUCCAAUCUAUUGGUGAUUUCAGUUUCGAUCUAAGCACGUUUUAAAGCUCCUACCGUUAUCACAGGAAACCCCCAGACUCCAAAACCAAAUCCGAGCAGCAAGUAGUGAUCAGUAGGUGUAUAUCUGAAUCUGUAGGAUGUAGCAGGCCAGCACACGAGUUUUUAAAUGCGACCAAAUCAAAGUCAACGCUAUAGUUGUCAGUCAGUCCACUUACGUACUAUAUAUCG